AGAUUGACAACUACUCUUUAAAGUUGGAUACUUUAGCAGUUGUGAAGCAGUGACUCUGAAGAGGCCAGCAUCAACCUUUACAGGGAGUGGAUAUCAGACUGUUGGUAUUCUUCAAACAUCAAGCUUUAGUUAAGGUUGAUCUCAGACUUUAUAGAAAAUAAAAAUGGGACAUUGCCAGAGUAAGUCAUUAUCUAUAGGAAAAAUGAACGGUGGUACUAUAUAUGUUACAAAUAUUAAUCACUUCAAUUCUGAAACUAUAAAGUGUAAAAAGAAACAGAAUUACGAAGAUUUUAGGCACAGUUCAAGUACAGCUACAGUUAGAAAUGGUUGGACAAACAGUGAGAGUAAUGUAUCAGUCCAAGCGGAAUCUUGUUUUUGUUGGAACUCUGAACAUUCAAACAACAGUAACUGGUUCACUAAGAACAAUUUCCAGAGUGCAAAAAAGACAAACACUGAAAGUAGGCUAAAAAAGUUCAAAAAGAAAGCACAAAAGUUUUUCGGUAGAAAUCGUAGCAGUUCUAAAUUUCCAAUACAAGUGCAAGAAUCAUCCAUUCAGAGUGAAGCAGAGCAUAUGUUAGACAUAUCUAAUAGGUAUGUAGACGAAAGUAACUUGUCAGUUAUAUCAGAUGUUAAUGUUAGUAAUGUACAAGAAGUGACAGAACAGGCAACAGAUGAUAGAAUGAGCAUCCAGAACGGCAUCCAAGAGGUUCAACCAAUAUCUCAGUAUGCUGAGACAGAGAGGGAAGAAGAGGGUUUUCCAUCGCCACUUUUGACAAGAAAUAAAGAAUUUAAUACUAAUCAUCUCAAGGCCAACUAUGCAGUUAGAAAGAAAUUUGGAAUAGGUAGUGGAGAAAGUUGUUCUGAACCAUCAGAAUAUGAACCGUUUUCGAAUUUUACCCAGAGCCGGGAAGACGAUACUGAGUUAAAGUCGGUUUUAUGUACUGGAAGUCAGAAAGAAAUGUGUCCACUGCAGUUAACAGAUUGUGCAUACACCAGAGAAAAACCUGUUAACGAACGCUCUCAGCAACAAUUUAAUACUCAGCAGCAGAUCAGAACUGCUUCAGAAUUUCAAGAUGAAAAUAGUUUGAAGUCAACUAGUACAGCAGGAUAUUCUUUAGGCACAAUGUCAUCAUACAGGGAUGAUCUGCUUACACAAGACUUCAGCUCAUACGAAAUUUCAAGAGACUCCAGUCAAAAUAUUAGAUGUGGUAUCAAGGAUCACUUACUGGAAGCAGAAAAUGAAAAUUCUCAUUUACCAGGUUCUGUGAAUAGCGCUGAAAGUCGCGUUUAUAUAAAUUCAGAGAGUUCAACAUGUGAAAACAAAAACAGUGUGAUAAAAGAAUGUAGAGAAAAUAAUUCUGAAAAAGCUUGUAUUGUUCCACACAAUCCUGUAAAACCAUUUGAAAAUUCAGAGGGUGACUUUGAUGGUGAUGAUAUGGUUGAAAAGGCCGACCUCUUCCUCAAUUUCGAAAGAGAAAGGAAAGAUCUGAAAGAAUUUCAUAGUUCAGAUAAAGAGGCUUAUCCAAAGUUAGGCCAACAUUUCAGAAAGACAGAAUAUGAGGAUAAUUCAUGGGGACAACUAAAUGCUGAUAUUAAAGAUGUUGAAGUUGAAAUGAAUCAUGCAGAAAUUAAAACUCUUGUAUCUGAGUUUUUUGAUAAAAGCAGUUUUAACAUUGAUAGAUAUUUUUCUCAAGAGAAAUCAGUUCAUACUGAACAAGGUGACCACAGAAGAAAUAACUUUUUGCCGAGGGACUUAAGUUUACAUACUGAAAGCAAGUCAAAGGAUUCAUUCGAACCUUUUUUUACAGCUGUAGAUGAAACUUACUUUGGAGUCACUUUAGUUCCUGAUUACUUUACAAGAAGCCACUUCAGAGCACAGUCAGAUAGUCUCAAGAGUUUCCCAUCCUUUUCACACGUCUACUCUAGACAUAGGCCAAGUAUAAAAUCUCAGUCAGAGCUGCAGCCUACAACUGGUGAGAAAUCAUUUGACUACAUUGUGCCUGCUUCUGAAACUAAAAAUGAAAGCAUUCCUGACUGUGUCAAUAAAAAAUGUGUUGCUUCUGUUACUGAAGAUACGGACCUCAGCAACACUGUGUGUCCAGAAAUAUGUGUGAGAAAUAGGGAGAAUGUAUUUCCAAAUAGGAAAAGUAGAAAAGAACACAAGAACACGAACAGACAAAAGAAAACCAGACAAAAGAAUAAAGCUUCAAAGCCCAUACAUGGGUUGUUGGAAAAGACAAAGAAUAGGCACACAAGAAGGAGGGUGAAGUGUAAGCAUGUGUCUGAAAGUGACAGUUCCAAGCCUAAAACAUCAGAAGAAGAUCAAGAAAAUUUAUCUCAAAUUUCUGUAGAAUCUGGUUUUUGGUCUGCUUCAGAUACAAAAAGAAAUGCUUCACAGAUUAUUAUGAAUGACAGGUCCUCUGAUAUGGAUUCCCACUUAGAUUUUAACAGGAAAAUUACAAGUGUGAAAAAGAAAGGAAGAAAAAGAAACAUUUGUAUCAAAGUGUUUAACAAGAAAGCACUUCUUAAAAAGACCAAAAGACAUUUUAAGAGGUGUCCAGCAAAUGAAAAAAACAAGAAAGCAUUUCUUAAAAAGAUCAAAAGACAUUUUAAAAGGUGUCCAGCAAAUGAAAAAAAAAGAACUGCAAAAUCUGUUGUCAGAGAAAUUUGUGUGCUAGAAAGACCUUUAUAUGUGUUUGCUUUGGGAUCAUACUUUGAUAGAUUGAGCAAUGGACCACCUCCAUCAUCAGAAGAGAGAAUGCAGUGUGAAUGGUUUAGACUGGCUACAUUUCACAAUUACACUGGCAAUGGAAAUGCUUUGGCUCUUGCUAGAAAUGGAUUUUACCAUGACCAUACAGAAGGACCUACAAGCUCAAGAUGUUACCUUUGUGAUGCUCGUCAUUCAAACUGGGAAAUGUUUGAUGAUGUUAGCGCAGAACACAGGCGGCGAUCUCCAAGGUGUCUCUUCCAUGAAAAUGGUGGUGAAGUAUCUGUAAACAUUCAUGGAGCAUCAGCUCUUAGUGUAUCCUCUGCCACAGUAACAGCAAGUUCCAUUACUUCAGUUACUGCAGCAGUAAAUGAAACUGUGAUCAGUUUACGGAGAACAAGUGGUGAAAGAGAAUGCCUAACCCAGCAACCAACAGAAGAUCCAGAAAACAGAGAUUGUUAUUUGUUGGCAUUGUCACAGCCAAGGACACAGCGAGCCCUUGGACAUUCAAGACACUCGUACUCUACUAUCAUAGCACCAAGGA